AUGAUUCACAAAUGCGUAGUCUGUACCCGCGAACGAGCCGCAAUACCGUCGCAACUCAUGGGAGAAUUGCCCGCACAGCGAAUAUCAUCCACGGUUCGCAGCUUUUUGCAUUCCGGGAUCGACUACGCCGGACCAAUUCAAAUUCGAGCUUCUUCAGGCCGCGGAAUCAAAGCGCGUAAAGCUUAUAUAGCCUUAUUCGUUUGUCUCUCCACGCGCGCCAUUCAUUUGGAAUUGGUAGGCGACUACUCGACUCAGGCUUUUUUGAACGCAUUCGCCCGGUUUUGUUUGCGUCGCGAGCUGCCGCAAGCAAUGUAUUCUUAUAACGGCACUACGUUCACCGGUGCCAACCGUGAAUUGAAAGCGGCGUAUAAAUUGGCGCUACGAAAUCCCGACUUCUUGAAUAUGACCGCCUCGGAGAAAAUCGAAUGGAAUUUUGUCCCUCCAUCCACCCCGCAUUUUGGCGGGUUGUGGGAAGCAGGAGUAAAGGGAGUCAAACAUCACCUCCGUCGCGUACUCGGUAGCCACACGCUGACAUUCGAGGAGUUCACAACACUCCUGUGUCAAACGGAAGCGUGUCUCAAUUCGCGACCAAUAGCCCCGAUGUCAGAUGCACUCGAAGAUUAUGAAUGCCUCACUCCCGGGCAUUUUCUGGUCGGAUCAGCUAUCACUGUUCCUCCGGAGUCAUCAUUACUCGACCUUAGUGAGAACCGACUGUCCCGCUGGCAACUCGUUCGCCUCAUGACCGAACGGUUUUGGAGGCUAUGGCAAGACGAAUACAUUAACUCACUACAACAACGAGCGAAGUGGCGAACAGUCGGGCCUCUCAUCCAGGUCGGGCAGUUGGUUUUACUCCGUAGCCCGCUGCUUCCGCCCUGUAAAUGGGAGCUCGGCAGAAUCAUUCAGACUCACCCUGGAUCCAAUGGUUUGGUACGCGUUGUAACAAUUAAAACCGCCACGUCCGAGUACCGAAGACCAAUCAGAAAGAUUUGUAUCUUGCCAGUACGCCACGACUCGACGCGCAAUUAA